AUGAAGGCCCUCCGUGUACGUGCCCGCUGUGUGCGUCCGACUGGAGCAGCUGUGUGCCUCACAGUGAAGGUCUGCAGCUGUCCCGGGACCUGGGGGCCACCUACCUGGAGCUGCCCUCUCUCAACCAUGUAUUUGUGGGUCGUUACUUUGGCAGCGUGCUGGAGUACUUCAUGAUUCAGUGUCUGAAACACAAAGCCAAAGAGCGUCCAGAGAAGAGGCGAGGAAAUAAAGUGAACGAGCUUCGUCCCCCUCACUUAGAACAACCAG